UUUAUCUUGUGACCGCGGGCGCCGAGUCUUCUGUCUUCGAGCUUGGAACCUCCUUAUCCGCGAUGAGUUUCCUGGACGCUGCAUUUCUGCUCCUGGCGCUCAGCACCGCCGCCCAGGCCGAGCCCGUGCAGUUCAAGGACUGCGGUUCUAUGGUUGGAGUUAUAAAGGAAGUGAAUGUGAGCCCAUGCUCCACCCAGCCUUGCCAACUGAGCAAAGGACAGUCUUACAGUAUCAAUGUCACCUUCACCAGCAAUACUCCAUCUAAAAGUAGCAAAGCCUUUGUGCAUGGCAUCAUAAUGGGUGUCCCAGUUCCCUUUCCCAUUCCUGAGCCUGAUGGUUGUAAGAGUGGCAUCAGCUGCCCCAUCCAAAAAGACAAGACCUACAGCUACGUGAAUAAACUACCCGUGAAGGGUGAAUACCCCUCCAUAAAACUGGUGGUGGAGUGGGAACUUCGUGAUGACCAAGACCGACGUCUCUUCUGCUGGGAAAUCCCAAUACAGAUCAAAAGCUAGAGCUAUUUGGUGCCAAUGUAUCUAUCCAGGGGAAGGCCCAAGCAGACAGAACAUGACGGAGGUUGCUUAAGGAUAUCAGAUGACUUGCCCUAGGGUUAUGUCCCUCCCAGUGGAGGAUGGGUUCCACUUCCAUGUAGCUGGGACGGUACCUCUACAAGUUCCCCAUCUCUAAGUGCCUCGUUGAGUUCAGUGCUUUCUGCUCAAUGAGUCUGCUGACUCUUGACAACACCUCCGCCUCCGUGGCUUCAGCAGUGACUUGCUCUCCAGUGGUGUCCAGUGACUCAUGGGAGAGGAGGUGUUCUACAGCAGAAAUUCAGCUCUGGACGGCUGGUUCUCUCUGGUUGUCUCAUGUCUCUUUUUCUACUUAAAUGCAGCACUGGGUUAGCAGAUGUUUGAUUUUUUUUUUUUUAACAACAUUAACUUUUGGUCUCUUUUUGCACCUGGAAAUGUAACUUUGAAUAAAUAAAAACUCAUCAGUCUUGUCUUCUGCA